UCUCUUUUCCCUGCAUGUGUACGUGUAGUACUGUUUCAUCAUGAAGUUUGAUUCUCCCUUGAUUCUCGAUGGUGGUCUAGCAACCGAAUUAGAGCGCACAUUCGACAAAGAUCUGUCAGGUCGCUUAUGGUCCGCCCAUUGUCUCGAUCAAGAUCCUGAUGCAAUUAGAGCUGUGCAUGGAUCAUAUUUUGAAGCAGGCGCCAAUGUUGCCACGACAGCCAGUUACCAAGCCUCAAUCCAAGGGUUUCUCGACGCAGGCUAUUCACGCGAAGAAGCCGUGAAGCUAAUGCGAAGAAGCGUGCAAAUAGCUCGCGAAGCACGCGAUGCUUAUGGCAAAGGUUAUGUGGCAUUAUCCAUGGGUCCUUAUGGUGCCGUGCUGGCGAAUGGUGCUGAGUAUACCGGUGACUAUGGCAACGAAAUCAGCAUGGAUGACCUGGUUGCCUUUCACCGUGAGCGUCUCGAUAUUUGCAUGCAAGAACCAGGCGUCGACUUUAUUCUUUUCGAAACUAUCCCAUCGUUUUUGGAGGCACGAGCAAUACACAAACUGAUCGAGGAAAAGGUACAAGAGCUGCCACCCGUAGCUGUCUCUUUCUCGUGUCGAUCCAAUGAGCACAUCUCGGACGGGACGUCACUGCAUACAUGUCUGGAGUUGCUUGGAAAAUUGGACAAUAUAUUUGCUGUGGGCGUGAAUUGCACAAAACCAAAGUACAUUGCUGCUCUUUUGGAUGUGCUUCUUAGUAACAGCAACAACAAUAACAAGGCCAUCCUGCUCUAUCCUGACGGGGGUGAAGAGUGGGACGCUAUUGCACGUAACUGGAAUUCAUCGACCAAAGUGUCGACUGUUGUGUUUGGUAAAUCCAUGGCCGGAUGGGCAGCGCAGGUCACGGCCAAAACGGGCCAAAAUGUCAUUUUGGGAGGUUGCUGUGGUGUCGGCCCAAAGCAUAUCUCGUGUAUCAGAGAGGCUAUAGAGAUCGCAAGCAUUACGACUGCUCAGUUGCCAUAGUUUUAUAGCGGUUAGCGAUUUGCAUGAGAAAUUCUAUUACAUCGAAGAUUCCAGAAAGUAGCCUAUUUUUAUUCGAUUAUAUUCAUGUGUGUACCAAUUGUAUCCAUAUAUUGCUACGUGU